GUUUUCGGUGUAUCGCUGGUUCACUGUGCUGUCCGUUGCCCCUCUCUGUCAUCCGGUGCGAUGUCGCUCACGCCGACGUCGACUCCUUCGCACGGGCGCGCCUCUAUCGCCACCUUCGGACACCCGUCCCGCGAUACGUCCCGCCACUCGUCCACUAUAUCCUCUCGGUCAACUCGGCUUGAGACGAAUAUAGACGCGUCCUUGUCCUCCAAGAACACCCACAGUUCUGUCCACUCGACUACCCUCCAACCCGGCACCGCAAACACCGCUCCUCCGACCCCAACGGGCACUCGCAGUCCCCGAAAAAGCACUAGUCCAACAACAUCCCUCGUUCAAGAAGCAGGAUGGGGUGCCAACUUCUGGGUGACCUUGGUUGACCCCCAAAGCGGUGUCUCCUUCUAUGCCUGUCCCAGCACUGGUCAGGUUAGCUGGGAUCCACCCGUUGGCAACUUCGUUCUUCCUCCAUCGGCCGAGGGCGAGUGGUGGGAGUUAGCCGAUGAAUCUCGAGGUGGUAUACCGUACUACUAUCACACCAAAUCCGGCGCGACUGUUUGGGAACGACCUGACGGUUUCGUGAUACCUCUCGCGGUCCUGCAGAACACGGCCCUCGGGCGACGGCUGUCGAUGACGAUGUCUGCAUCAGCGUUCAUGUCUUCGGAGAGUAGCGCUGCUUCUCCAGAUAUGAUCGGACCUUCCGUUAUAGGCACAAAUACAAUGGACAUGCACUCUCAGCCUCGCGUUUGGUCUGAGACGACGACCCCGACUGUUGUGACUGCCAACGGCAAGCUCUCCCGACGAUCGCGUUCUUACGACCAACACCAUCCCAUGCAUCAGAUUCCGUCAUGGGCUGGCCAGCUACCGCCUAUACCGGGUUCCCCUUACGCCACCAGCGUCGAGGGUAGUGCCCACGGGCACAACACGGAUACACCCCAUGCCGACACCGAUGGCGAGGAACGCCCUCAGCGAGGAGAUGGUAGCCACCCUGGUGGGAACGAUGGGACGGGCAGUGCCGAAGGACAGGGGACUGGCGACCCCGAUGCUAACAGAAGGCCUCAGAGCGUACACAUUCACGCUGACGCUCGGCCCUCUGAUUCGCCCACCCCUUCGCCUACCUCAUCACCUAGCAAGUCGAAACCUAAGUCAGGAACAUCCUCGCCUGGACGCUCUCGUGCAAACACCGUGCAUAACCCCGUGGCUCAUCGAAGCAAGAGCCAGCCUUCCAUGUCGCUGGCUCAUGCUCAAUCUUUAGGUGCCGCCGUGGAAUACAUUACGGCCCCACCCGUUCCGCCUCUCCCCAUCUCAAUAUCCUCCAAUGGUAGAGCAUCCAGCGAUAGCGGCCACGGCUCCCGCUGGAAGCGCGCAAGCAGCAAGGAACGCGCGAAAGACAAGUCGGCCGCACAGGGAAGCCCUCAGCCAAGGCGCUCAUUCGGCGUUCCCCGAUGGACGCGCGAUCAACAUCCACCUCAGCUGCCUAAGCCUCCGCCUUCCCCUUCGCCGCGAAGGCCUGUACCGCCUACCCCUGGCGUGAGUACCGCCGGAAUCAAGAGUGGCAUACUUGGGAAAGAGAUCGGCAUGCCGGUGCUCGAUGUUGAGGCGACAAUGCAUAUGAGCCCCGUCAAGAACCGGCUGGCAGGUAAACCAAUUCCAGUUGCAGCUGGUGCAAGUACCAAAGUACUGAUUGGUGAUAACGCCUCCAUCGGUCCUUUACCGCACGCUCUGAUAUUCGAUAUCCAGCAAUUCAUCGAGUCCGACUUCGCCAAGCAAUACUUCUCGAAGCAUCGCACUGGGUUCAUAUUCAGGCGCCAGGUGCCGAUGGAGCAACUCAUGACGUGGCAGAAGGUACCCCUUUCCGCCCCGUUGCUCACGGUCAAUCGUGCUUUGCAUAAGGACGUUGUGAAAAUCUUCAAGGUCAUCCAGCGGAUAAUGGGAGACCGUGAGCGCGAACGACCAAUUGGAUCUCGGACUGUCUCCCAGCAGUCUGAACCUUCCGCCACGUCGUCUUCCUCUCAUCAUUCGCCCUCUUCAAAACCAGACGCGGUACUCCUAGAAGAGGAACGAUGGCUUCUAGGUGAAGGCCUGAGGCAUGGUGAACUCAGGGACGAGAUCUACUGCCAGCUCAUGAAACAGUUGACUGGUAAUCCAAAUGCCACGAGCGUUUUCAAAGGGUGGCAACUCUUAUGCGUGUUGCUCGUGACAUUCCCUCCCUCCAAGGACUUUGAGCCGUACCUUCAAUCAUUCAUCGGCCAGCGAACGGGACAGACCGAGGGCCGCGUUGAUGUCAUGGCGAAGUACUGCUUAAAACGACUUGUCGUGAUAUCCAAGAAGGGUCCCAGAGGGAAGCCGCCCACCUUGAUCGAAAUUGAAACCGCUUCGGAUGCCGCAUUCAACCCUUCCACAUUUGGAGAGUCCCUGGAUGCUGUCUUCCGCCUUCAAGAGCGGAACUACCCUCAGGCGCAAGUGCCCAUCAUCCUACCAUUCCUCGCUGAUGGUAUCCUCGCCUUGGGCGGUACGAAGUCGGAAGGAAUUUUUCGCGUCCCUGGUGAUGGUGACCUCGUAUCCGACCUGAAGCUACGCCUUGACCGAGGCUACUACACAUUAGAUGGUGUUGAUGAUCCACAUGUGCUUGCCUCACUCUUCAAGCUUUGGCUCCGCGAGCUCCUGGAUCCGCUUGUUCCUGAUGAAAUGUACAAUGACUGCAUAGAACAUGCGAACGAUCCCCUGGCGUGCGUUCAGGCCGUUGAACGCUUACCUACCAUCAAUCGCCGCGUGGUGAUCUUCGUCGUCAGCUUCCUGCAACUCUUUCUUGAAGAAAAGGUACAGACGGUCACGAAGAUGACUAGCCAGAAUUUGGCUUUGGUGAUGGCCCCGAACAUCUUGCGAUGCAACUCGAAUAGCAUAUCGGUUGCCUUCACGAACGCCGCGUUCGAGCAGACCUUCGUACACAAUCUCCUCUUGCAUCUGAAAUGCGACCAAGUUGAUCCCCAAUACAUACCCGUCCAUGGGCUGGGUGCCGUUCCUCCCUUUGAAUCGCGCAAAUCAAACCCCGGAAAGCGACGAUAGAAAACCAAAAAGUCUACUAUACCGAUACCAUCCUAAUUCCCUGAACCUUGGACUUCCAAUCAUCGUCUAUCCUGUGCAUAUAUUACGCUGCGCCUCCUGUAUCUUUGUACAUGUUCACUGGGUGCGGAUUC